AUGUUGAGAGCAAUAGUUUUAUUAGUCUUAAUAAGUCUUCACUCAAUAGUCUGCGACGACCCGACCAUUGACGUGAAGACCAGUUCAGGUGUGGUGAGGGGGAAGGUUAUCACAUUGUAUAACCACACUGUGGACCAGUUUUUAGGCAUACCCUUCGCACAGCCACCCUUAGGUGCCCUUAGAUUCUCAAAGCCUAAGCCCAUUGAAACGCCAGCGAAGGAUGUUAUCGACUGUACAGCCAAUAAGGACUCAUGUAUGCAACACGACGGCACUGGACUGCUGAAAAUCAGCGAGGACUGCCUGUUUGUGGACCUGUGGGCCCCUCAUAGUUCCAACGCAAGUGGUGGUGCCCUAAAGCCGGUCAUGUUCUGGAUAUACGGCGGUUCCCUCACCAGUGGCUCCGUAGCUCUGCCCACAUAUGACGGCGCUUUACUUACUUCUUACGAUGUGGUGAUUGUGACCACAAAUUACAGGUUAGGAGCCUUUGGUUUCCUAUACGGCGGCGAAGAGUCGGCACCGGGAGAUGUGGGCUUUUUUGACCAACUGUUGGCACUUAAAUGGACAAAGGAAAACAUUCACCUCUUCGGCGGUGAUCCCAAUCAGAUCACAAUAUUCGGUGAGAGCGCCGGCAGUUGGUCCGUAUCGGCACACAUAUUGUCGCCACUAUCUCGGGGUCUAUUCAAGAGGGCUAUCCUGGAGUCGGGCGCUAUAUUUCAGGACAAAAAGGCCGGCGUUUUGUCUAAAGAGAAAGCGCUGACAGAAGCGCAACAAAUGGCCAAAUCAUUGAACUGUACGGAUGGGAAGCUGUGGUUGGAUUGCUUGAGGAAAGUGGACGCGAAGACCGUUAAUGACUAUAAGGACCUGGAUAUCUUUCCUAUUUAUGGCACACAAUUCCUCCCAUUGAAUGCACAACAGUCAUUCAUAACACACAAUUAUAGCGCCGGUACGUUUUCA